CUGAGCUUGCUCCUUUCGACCAGAUUUCUGUCAGAGGAGCAUUAUAGUAAAAUGCACAGUUGAUGCUCCCGCAAAGUUUUCUAUCUUUCUGUUUAAAAAUUUACUUUGAAAAUCAAUUUUUAAUUGGAAAAAACGCCGAUUUUUAAUUGUCAUUUAGUUAUCAAAAAAAUUACCACGUUCUGAAGAACUCUAUUUAUAAUAAAAUUAAAAAUGAGAAUUCUAUUACUAUUCUCAUUUAUUGCAAUUUUGCUAAAUUGCGGAACAGCUUGGCGAACAUUUUUACGUGGUAGAAGUAAAUAUGGAAAUUUGGGUGCACCGAUUCUCAGCAGGGAAUAUAAUUUACCCGAGGAACAAUGGUUUACACAAAAUCUUGAUCAUUCCAAUCCAACGGACGCCAGAAAAUGGCAACAAAGAUAUUUUGUGAAUGACGAAUUUUAUAAACAAAAUGGACCAGUUUUUAUAAUGAUUGGAGGUGAAGGUGAUGCCAGUGCAAAGUGGAUGGUGGAAGGACAAUGGAUAGAAUAUGCCAAACAAUUUGGAGCCAAGUGUUUUCAAAUUGAACAUCGUUUCUAUGGAAAAAGUCAACCGACAGCCGAUCUGAGUGUGAAGAAUUUGGUUUAUUUAACAUCAGAGCAAGCUUUGGCUGAUAUUGCAUACUUCAUUGAAGAAAUGAUUAGUUUGCAUCAAAUUCCACGUGACACGAAAUUUAUUGUCUUUGGUGGUUCAUACGCUGGCUCAUUAGCUGCAUGGAUGCGUCUAAAGUAUCCGUAUUUAGUUCAUGGUGCAGUUUCGGCCAGUGGUCCACUUUUAGCUCAACUGGAUUUUCAACAAUAUUUCGUAAUUGUGGAAAAUUCAUUGAAGACCCAUUCACAGGAUUGCGUCGAUGCAAUAACAAAAGCCAAUGAUCAAAUUCACAUAAUGUUACGUCAUCCACUGGGACAACGAGGCCUCGUUGAAAAAUUCAAUUUAUGUGAUCCAAUUGAUACGGGACGAACAAAAAAUGUCGACAUUUCCAAUUUAUAUGAGACACUAGCUGGAAAUUUAGCGGAAAUUGUUCAAUACAAUAAGGACAAUCGAAAUGGAUCACAUUAUACAAUUGACAAAGUUUGCGAUAUUUUGGUCGAUCAAAAACGUGGAACGCCCAUCGAUAGAUUGGCCGAGGUUAAUAAUUUAAUGUUAACCGACAGCAAAGAAAAAUGUCUCGAUUAUGUUUAUUCAAAAAUGAUCGACGAAUUGAGAAAUGUCACGUGGAAGGAGCAAAAAAUUAUGGGAGGUCGUCAGUGGUUUUAUCAGACUUGCACGGAAUUUGGCUUUUUCCAAACCUCAACAGCACGGCCAAAAUUAGUCAGUGACACUUUUCCAAUUGACUUUUUCAUUCAACAAUGCGCUGACGUUUUUGGACCAAGAUUUCGUCACGUACUGGACACGGGAAUAGAGCGCACGAAUAUUUUCUACGGGGCACUUGAUGUAAAAUUAACUAAUGUGGUUUAUGUUCAUGGAUCAAUUGAUCCAUGGCAUGCUUUAGGUAUCACCGAAUCCACGGAUCCUGAUUCUCCCUCUAUUUAUAUAAAUGGAACUGCUCACUGUGCCAAUAUGUAUCCACCUUCAAAGAACGAUAUUCCCGAACUUGUUGAGGCGAGAAAAAAAAUUGGCAACUUAAUUGCCAAAUGGUUAUCGAAAUAAAAUUAAAAAAAAAACAAAUUAAAAUUUUCAAAAGAAAAAAAAAGAAGUUUAUAAUGUGAUAAACCAACAAAAAUUACGAUCAAAUUUCGAAAUUAACUGACAAGACAAUAGUUGAAUUAUUGAGGCUAUAAAAACCUGUAUAAUAUUUCUUUUUUAAUUUUAGAAAAAUUUUAAAAUUAAAAAAUAUUAAGAAAAAGAAGA